UGCACACCGGAAGAAGAUGGAUUCCAGAGUUUGGUGGCCGUUCCUACUCAUAUUUGUCACGGCCUCCGCCGGAGCUCGAGCUCAGUCCACCGACUCCCUCAGCUUUCUCUCCAUCGACUGCGGCCUCGAGCCCGGUUCAUCCUACGUCGAUCCCCUCAACAUCUCCUACGUCUCUGACUCCGGCUUCAUCGACACUGGUGUCAACCGCAACAUCUCUGACGCCUACUUAUCCGACGUCAGGUCCCAGAAGCUCCGCACCCUCCGAGCCUUCCCCAACGGCACCCGCAACUGCUACACCAUCGGGUCACCGGCGGUGGCGCAGGGGUCCAAGUACCUCCUCCGGGCGUGGUUCUUCUACGGCAACUACGACGGACUCAGCAGCCAGCUACAGUCCUUCGAACUCCACCUCGGCGUCAACUACUGGGACAGGGUGAAUGUUACUACCGCGGAGUCAUUAUACUGGACAGAGACCAUCACGGUGGCCACCGCCGGGUACUUGUCGGUGUGCCUGGUGAACCUUGGCACCGGGACGCCGUUUAUCUCCGGGAUCGACUUGCGGCAGUUGAAGGACAAUCUCUACCCGGCGGUGAAUGAGUCACAGAGUUUGGUGCUGUUCAACCGGUGGAACUUGGGAGAGGAGUUUGACUACGUCAGGUAUCCGUACGACCCGAUCGAUCGGGUGUGGGACCUAUGGAACUCCUCGGAGUGGAACUGGAACGACGUCUCCACCAACUCCACCGUCCGUAACCUUCCCGAGGACUCUUCCAAGUUCCCUCCGUCGUCAUGCAGACCGCCGUCACCCCCAUCAACUCCUCCCGCAUCGUCCUCGCAUGGGAUCCCAUCCCCGGCUACGUCAACCAGUUCUUCCCCAUCCUCCACAUAUCCGAGAUUUUUGACCUCUCCGGUACGAAUCAAUCGCGGCAGUUCAACAUCUACGUGAAUGGAUUCCUGGUGUAUAUAAUGACCCCCCCUUACCUCUACUCGGACGCCGUCUACAGCCUCGGGCCCCUCCCUUCGUUCCCCACCUAUAACAUCUCCCUCGAGGCCCUCAGCAACUCCACUCUCCCGCCCAUCCUCAAUGCCUUCGAGCUCUACAUGACCAUGAGCAACACCUCCGUGCCCUCGGAUGCUGGAGAUGGUAUGUAGCCGCUUUCGGUGAAACAGGGAGAAGAAAUCUCUUGCCUAUCAAUUGCUCGAUUGAAUGUUCCUGAAAGCGCCAAGGCAGAGUGGACCAGGACAAAAAACUAUCGUAUCUUUUUCCGUUUUAUAAUUGUGUAGCUUUUUACAUGUUAUUUAUUAUGUGUGAAGGAAAAUAGUAUUUGGUGAAGGGUAGAUGAUACUGUUAUUUUCUACGGAAAAAACUAUUGUGUGUUCUUCCG